AUGGCCGGAACUUGUCCUUAUGGGGGAUUAUGGUUUGAAUGUCUUAUGACCAAUCCAACAUUCCAAGGCUGUUGUACUAGCAAUCCAUGUUCGGACGGAUGCCCACCAGAUAACCUUUUCGCAGCCGGUUUACCAGCUGGAGGAGUAGCAGCUACCAACGAGCUCAAUGCUAAAUGUCCAUCGGGAUCAAACUGGUUUACCUGUGUAGACCAGACACCCGCGGGUUCAUUCCAAGGAUGCUGUAAAUCAAAUCCAUGUAAUGCACUGGGUUGCCCUAGAGCAGACUUAGUAGCCGCGCAAUUCAAUAGUACAUCCACGGCGACGGCGACGUCGGCGUCAACUUCAAAGUCGUCGACUUCAGCUCCUACCGCGACACCAACCACUUCGAGUACCUCUACAACAAAUCCAAUAUCGAGUAACGUCACAUCAUCACAUCCUAAUAAUACACCCAUCAUAGCUGGAGUUGUAGUGGGAGGUGUGGUCUUGAUCGCGUUAAUCGGAUUCUUAUUUUGGUAUCUUCGCGAUAGAAGGAGAAAGGCCAAUAGUCCCGAUCCCUCAUCUAUGGCGAUGAUGAAGGUUCCUGAUAACGCUGUAAAUGCCGAUAAUGAAGGCUUCUAUGCAGUGGGAGGUAUUUCGAAUGGUAUCCGUCCUGAUCACGACACCUCAAAAAACGGAGGCUACACGAAAGCUGCUACACAGUCUCCUGGUCCGCCUCCGUAUUUAUCUCCGCGGCAUCUAUCACCACAUCCCUCACCAACCACGGCCGGCUUCCACGAUAAUCGCGUCUCUGCCUUGUCGAGGUUAUCAACUAGCACGAAUGGACAGCCUGAGGACGCUUUGAUUGCGCCACAACAAUUGGAUAGUACCGAGAUAGGAAUGAGGGAUCACAGUAGGGAAUUUGCGGUUGAACUUCCGACGACGGAAAACCAAGGCAAGUUACGAAGUCCGCCGUGA